AUGUAUCCACUGUUCUAUGAAAAAAAAAUAGUGAAAAAACUCAUACAACACGAUUCCCUAAUUCUGUUAGCAGACGGAUUUAAUGAGCUCAACAUCCUCGCAAUAUUCAUUUUCUAUUACCAAAAUAACUGCCUAUGGUAUGAAGAAUGCACCCAGGAUGAAAAUGUCUUCUUCGAGUUGUUCAAACUUGAUAUAGGAAAACCGGUGAAUGAUGAGCAAGCUAAGGAGACGGGGAAACAUGAAGACAGAAAAGAGGAGAAAGAGAAACAGGAGCAGCAGGAAGAAAGACAAAGCAGUGGAAGUCAUGAAUAUAGAGAACUUAAUCAUGGAGAAGCAACACCUGUGAACCCUAGCCAAGUGGGAGGAAAAAAUUCGAAAAACGAGACAGAUACUUCAUUAAGGAAAAGAAAAAUUGACAACCUUCUUGACUCCUUUAGGUAUGAUUCCUCUAGGGGGGGAAAUAACAUGAGGGAAAAUACCCUUAGGAAGGAGAAUAUGAUUAAUGAGAUGAUCAGAACGAGCAUAGCGGGUACACAUAACACGACCACCACGGAAAGAAUGAAAACUAUGGAAAGCAUGGCCACCACUGAAAUGGCUAGCACCACUGAAAUGGUUGGCACCACUGAAAUGGUUGGCACCACUGAAAUGGUUGGCACCACUGAAAUGGCUAGCACCACUGAAAAGGUUGGCACCACUGAAAUGGUUGGCACCACUGAAAUGGCUAGCACCACUGAAAUGGCUAGCGCCACACCAAAAGGGGACCACGUGGGAGGAAACAGAAACAAACUCAUAUUCAUCUUAAACGUAUCCCCCAAGGAAUAUAACAUGUUCCUGAAAUAUCAAGUUGAUCUGUAUGAUGAAAUAAGCAAAAUUGACAAAGAAUUUAACAAGAGUGUGAAAAUAAACUACUUGAAGACAGAAUAUAUACGAAGCCAGAAAUCCAAUGAAAGGAUAGAAAUGUACAUAAAAAGAGGAGUGUAUUUUAUUUCAUCCAAUAUUCUCCUAAUUGACCUUUUAACAUUUAAAAUAAUUCCAGAAAUAAUUGAUGGAAUUUUCAUAUGCAAAAAUCAUAAACUUAUAUAUAAUAUGAAAGAGAUAUUUAUUAUAGAAUUGUAUAGAAAAAGAAAUAGAUUUGGUUUCAUAAAAGGCAUAAGUAACAACAAAAGAAUAAUAAAUAAUCAGCAUAUAUUAAAUCUAAGUCAAAAAUUGAAUAUAAAAAAAGUAUAUUGUUAUCCGAGAUUUCAUAAAAAUAUACACAUUUCUCUUAAUAAUAAAUUUAUACAACCAACAAUUUAUGAAAUAAACAUGGAAUUACCACCUAUAAUCAACAAAAUGGAAGAAAACCUCCUCAAUUUAAUCCAUUAUUUAAAUUUAGAAAUUAAGAAAUUUCACACCUUUACAGAUUUUGAUAUUAACGCCCUAAUAUAUUCUGAUAGUGCAGAAAAUUACACUAUGAAUUAUAUUAAGAGCAAGAAUCUUACCUAUAAUACCAAAAAAUUAUUAAAAGAAAUUAUUACACUUGUUCAUAUAUUAAACAAUUUAUACAUUUAUGAUCAUGUUGUAUUUGAUAACUACUUGAAUAAUGUAAAAGAAGCUGAUAAAGAAUCCAUAUGGAUGUAUUGUAAUGAAGCCAAUGAUAUUUUCUUCUUAUCCAGAGAAAGGAAAAAUAAUUUCUUAAAAGCCAUUAACAUAAAUUGUGAAGUGGAUAUCGACCAUCAAGAUAACUUACAAACCAUCUUGUACAAAUUACAAUAUGAAAAUAAAUAUUUCCAUAAAUCAUAUGAAGUUAAAAAAGAACAAAAUCAAAUGUACAAUUGGAUCUAUCAGUUUGUCUAUAAACGAGAUAUUCAAUUUAAUCAAUUUAAAAAAAUUCUUUUAAAAGAGAAAUCCUCUGAAAUAAUUUAUGCCGACAAAACCAAGAGAAAAAAAGGGAAUUCGAACAUAAACCUACCUUCCACCAAUGACCCUUCGAAAAAGACAAAAAGGAUUGAAAGUCAAGAGGAUACAAAAAGAGGAAAUUCUCAAAAGGAAAAAAUAACUUUACAAAAAGAGAAAAACGAAAUUAUCCCACCUCAAGAGGAUCAACAAAUUAGUGCACCACACACACAGGGAUUCACCAAAAUCAAUGUAAAAAUUGAACAAAAAACUCCAGAAAAAUAUGACACACGUGCACAUAACGAAGGAAAACAAUUCAGAAAAGAUAAUGAGAGCGUACUAGAUAAAGGAAACCCACUUGAUGUUUAUUUAAAAAGUAGGAACAUGGAAAAAGAUGAACUAAAAAUAAAGAGAGAAAGGAAAUUCCUCACGGGAAAAGAAGAACACAUAAAAGAUGGACAAAAUAGAGAUAACGAACGAGGAGUAACAAUAGAAAUAAAUAAUCAUACAUAUAAUGAUGAAAUGAAAGGGAGCUCUGAAAAUCUGGAUCAUAUUGAAGCAGAUAAAAUAGACUACCCAAUUGCAAUAAUAGUAGAUAAUUUCUAUACACAAAAAGAAAUUUAUAAUUUGUUACUUCACAAGAAUGAUAAUAACAUAAAUAUAAAUCAUCUUUUUCAAAAAUCAGAAGAUCAAAUUGGAGAAUAUUAUAUUUCAGAUAAUUCACAAAAAUCAUCGUCCACUAGUUCAGAGGAUUUGUUUCAAAGUAAAAACAAUUUUCGACACACUCAUAACAACAAUUAUUAUAUACCUUACAAAUUAAUUAAAAACAAAACGGAGAAUCUUAAAUUUAUAAAACCACAUGUGUAUAUUCUGUGCAUAAAUAAAAACUACGAUAUGGUACAUACAUCUGAAAAUUUCGUUAAUGAAUGUUCAGCUAAAAUUGAUGCAAUAAAUGAAAACACGAAAAAUCAACCCAUAUUAUCACCUGAUGAAGAAGUAGACUCAUAUGAACACGAAAAAAAGAGAAAAAAAAAAAAAAUGCAGGCACAAAAAGAUACUUUAACUUCAGAAGAAGAUUCAACAUAUACAAAAGACCAACCCAUUCGAAAAAGAAACGGUGCAAACAUAUUUGAAAUAAAUGAAUAUUGUGGAAAUCUAGACUUUUUAGAACUUUUUCUAAUGCAUAUCAAACCGUAUAGAAUCAUUUUGACAAAACUAGAAUUAAGCAUUUUCAGAAACAUUGAAAUUUACUGUGCAAGACUUUUUCAACACAAUUUGUAUAAAUUACAUUCCCAUAAUUACUUCACAAAAUUGAUGAAGUAUGAGGAAUACAGAUUAGUGUAUGAUGAUAGCAUGGCUAUCCCUCAAUCAUCUGUGAAGGAGGAGAAGAAAAAUCGAAUGAACCCCCAAUGGAGGAUGCAAUACCAGGAGAAAAAGGACAAAGGAGUGGAAAACUUCAAACUCCUGGAAAUUUUAAGCGAUAUGGGAAACACUGUCGAAGUAUUUCUGAUCUUCUACAAGAACAAUAUUAUGUAUAAUAAAUACCUAAAUGAUGUAAAGAUGGAAAAAACAAAUUGGUUAAAAUUUAUCGAAAACAAAAAUAAUCUGCGUUUUGAAGUAGAUCGAAAUGUCUUCAACAAAAAUAAGGAUCUUUUUAAAAAAGUGAUAGAAUCGUACUUUUUGUUUCAAAAAAAGUUUAAAGAAAAUAAAAAAAAUAUUCUCAAUUUUAAUAAGUCAUUAUGUGAAGAAUUUAAAAAUUUCCAAAAUGUAAAAUUAGAUGAACAAGUAGAAAAUAAAAAUGCUCUUAUACAUUCACUUAACACAAAUUUCAUAAGUAUGGAAGAAGAAGAAUUGUUCAUGCAAAAUUAUAAAAAUAAAACAAAUAAUAAAAAAAAUGAUACAGCACUGCUUACCAACCUUGAUGAAAAAACUAUAGGAAAAAUUCAACAAAUUUUACAAAAUUUUUCCAUAGAUUCAUUUAGUCUAAAUUUUAUCCUUUAUAGCAUUUUUAAUAACACUAAACCAAUUGUUAUAGUUGACAUUCGAGAAUUAAAAUCAGAUUUGUCAUAUAAAUUAUACACAAGCAAAAUGCACAUCAUUCCAUAUUCUCUCCUAGUUGGAGAUUAUAUUCUUACAAAGGAUAUAUGUGUAGAAAGAAAAACUAUAGUAGACUUAAUCCAAUCCUUAAAUAAUAAUAGAUUAUAUAAUCAGAUUAAUCAAAUGUCAAAAUAUUAUUCCAUAUACGUUUUAUUAAUCGAAUUUAACACCAAACAUUUAUUUUAUUUCUCAUCCUUAAGUGAUAAAAAUUCUAUUUACACCAAACUAAUUAUUCUUUGUCUUCAAUUUCCAAAACUUAAAAUUUUAUGGAGCCCUUUUUCUCUUUUUACUGUAAAACUUUUCUGGUCCUUUAAAAUUAAUUCUGAACAGCCAGACAUUUUUAAAUCUCUUCACAUUGACAUGACCAUAGAAAGAGAUGCACAGCGUCAAUUUCGUGCAUCUGAUAAAAUGGAUAAUAAAAAAGAUCAUAUAAUCACAAUGCAAAAUCAAAACUGUUUACCCAUAUCUAAUGCUGAAGAAUUGCAAAAUAAACAACCAUAUUUAGCAAUGUCCAACUGUGAGGAGCAAGACCCCAAGAAUCAUCUACAACAGAUAGAUAGCCAUAAUGAAAAAAAUUCAGACAAUGAAAAUGAACAAACAUCAGAUACUUAUAAGUAUGAAACUAUAAAUGAUCUAUUUGAUAAAAAUUUAAAUAAUAUAGAAAAAGAGGAUGACAUCACUAAUCAUGCUUUAAAAAAAAUGCAUAAUGUAACGAAUUGGUCUGCACUUGAAAUUUUAAAAGCCCUUCCUGGUGUUACUGAGAAAAAUAUGCAUCUCAUAAUUAAUAACGUCAAUUCUUUGUGUGAAUUGUGUGAAAAAACAGUGGAACAAUUGGAAGGAUACAUGAGUAAAAGCAAUGCCAAGAUGCUGUACGAAUUUUUGAACACCGACGUCUCGUGA